CGCACUCUAUCUAAACCCCGCUAAAAUACGCCUCCUCUUCUCCCCCCCUCGUUUCCGUUACGAAACAAGACAAAAAAAACCAAAAAAAAAACCCUCAACCUCUCCUCCGCCAUUCACCGCCGAUCACCACCCGUCAACCACCACCACCGCUCGCAAACGUAACGCUAACCCCCACCCACACGUGGCGCACGCAUCUUAACCCCAACACCCCGCUCCAAAAACUUCAUUCAAUCCACCACAACAAACUUUUUUCCCUUCGAUGGAACCGAAGCACAUUCCCGGAAUCCGAUUCCGUUCCCAACUGGAUUACCCCAAUCCCCACCCCGCAUAAUCGAAUCCUCCCCCCCCACCCCAACAAUCAUUAAUCAAUGCAUCGUUCAACCACACGUAAUCCCAGCACCUCGACAGUACUUAUCCCCGAACCGGAUUCCGCUAUUCCGAAACCGCUUGUUAUUCCUUCCUCUUCCCUCCACCUCGAGAGAUGCCUAUAUAAAUCCAAGAUGCGAAUUCCCAAGAGACCUAACGUGUCGAUUUGCCUCUCUCUCCUCUCCCUACCCCCCCGGUUUCACCAGUUACGCUCCUCCCCCCCUCAUUUCCUCCUCCCUCGUUCUCACUCCUCGUUUAGAAGCUCUGAUCGCAGGAGAAGCAGUGCAAGUCGUUUCGUAGGAGGUAAUCAGUUGCAUGCCAGCUAUAGGAUGGGUGAGACUGGUAUGGAUGACAAAACCUCACAAUUUCAGAGUAUGAAGGCCAGUGAUGGUGGUCAGGAUCCAUGUAUUUGGUCAUCUCCUGGCGGGGGUCGUAAAAUUAACCUUGCGAAGCAGAUAUUCUGCAAUAGAUCUUUAAAUAUGAAAAACAUUGUUGCGGUUGGUUUUGACAUGGAUUACACCUUGGCACAAUACAAACCUGAAACUUUCGAGUCUCUUGCGUAUGGAGGCACGAUCAGAAAGCUGGUGUAUGAUUUGGGAUACCCUUCAGAGUUGUUGGAGUGGACUUUUGACUGGAAGUACAUGGUCAGAGGUUUGGUUCUUGAUAAGAAGAGAGGCAACAUAUUGAAGAUGGAUCGACACAAAUACGUGAAAGUAGCAUACCAUGGAUUUAGGGAGUUGUCAAAAGAAGAUAAAGUUGCAUCAUAUGGAAGUACUUUGAUACGGGAUGCAUUUGAUGAACCCGAUUAUGCACUUAUCGACACUUUAUUUUCAUUGGCUGAAGCCUACUUAUUUGCUCAGCUUGUUGAUUUCAAGGAUAAAAAUCCUGAUAAAGUGCCAAAGGGAGCAGACUACUCUCGUAUGUACAGAGAUGUUCGAGCUGCAGUAGACUUAUGCCAUCGGGAUGGAACUUUGAAGCAGAUGGUUGCAAAAGAUCCUAAAUGGUAUAUUAAUGAGGAUACCUCAAUUGUUCCGAUGCUCAAAAUGCUCAAAGAUUCUGGUCGUGCUACAUUUCUGGUAACAAAUAGUUUGUGGGACUAUACAAACAUCGUUAUGAAUUUCCUCUGUGGGGCCCAAACAGAGGGUGGUACUUCCAGUUUGAAUUUUGAUUGGCUCCGAUACUUCAAUGUGGUCAUCACUGGCAGUGCAAAACCAGGGUUUUUCCACGAUGAGAACCGUGCCAAUCUUUUUGAGGUUGAGCCUGAAUCUGGGAUGCUACUUAAUACUGAUAACGGCACCCCUAUGCCUCAGGUGGGAGGUACCUUAAGUCUACCAUUAAAGCCCGUGAACAAGAGUUGCAGGGUGUUCCAGGGGGGCAACGUUGGUCAUCUGCAUAAACUACUCAGUAUAGAGUCAAGUUCGCAGGUUCUUUAUGUUGGGGAUCACAUAUAUGGAGACAUUUUACGCAGCAAGAAAGUUCUAGGAUGGAGAACAAUGCUAGUUGUUCCAGAGCUUGAGAAGGAGGUUGAACUCCUUUGGGAAUUUCGGGAUACCCGUAAGCAACUUCGACUGUUGAGGACUGAGCGUGAUCUUGUGGAAGACAACAUACAUCAUCUGAAAUGGUCACUCAAGCUUGAAGUUAUUAAUACUGAUGAAAGGCAAAAGCUAGUGUCUGAGCUUGAUAAAUUGGAGUCUCUAAGGGAGCAAGUUCGUCUCAGCCAUCAACAGGCUCAGCGAGAAUUACACCAAAAGUUCCACAAGGUCUGGGGACAACUCAUGAAGACUGGCUAUCAGAAUUCCCGCUUUGCGCAUCAGGUGGAGAGAUUUGCUUGCCUCUAUACCAGUCAAGUGACCAACCUUAGCCUAUGCUCCCCUGACAAAUACUAUAGACCAAGUGAAGAUUUCAUGCCCCAUGAAUUUGACAUCCUUGGCCUAUGAAAAGGUCUUCUUCGAUCAGAUGACAUGAGACGGUGGCAAUUCGAAGAACCAGGGCUUUGGGUCUGUGGCUCUGUAUGGUAGGGGAAUUGCCACAACACUGUAAAGGGAUCAUGACAUUUCGUUUCAUACAUCCUUUUUCAUGACUAAUGUACAGAACAUAGGCCCUAGUCUGAAAAUUAAACCAAAAGAUGCUUGUUCAAUAGGAGUCGUCUUGUGGCUUGUUUGUACAAAUGCAGAAAUGCACUUUGUUACUGUGGGUUUUUCUUAACUUCUCGGGAACCAUUUAAAAUUCAGAAAUCUUUAGUUGUUUCA